AUGUUAUCGAUGUGUUCCUUUCCAGUUCCUUCCUUACCGUCAGUUCCCAACUUUGAGCGGUCCUUCGUCACUCAGUACAUCAAACUCAUCAAGCUCAUCGAACUCGUCAUUCUCAUCACUGUGAUCGAUCCCUCAAAGACUUCAUGUCUGGAGGGUCGCCCCGGUCGCUCACACGUUGCUGCGCCAGUGGGGUUGAAGACCCUCUUGGGUGUGCCAAUCGUUUCACUUCUCACUUGUCAGUCUAAUCGUACUUGUUACUUUAGAUAUGUCUUCUUUUUGACUCUCAUAAUACAAAUUCAAACUCUUGAGUUUUUCAUCAUGCCCAACGCUUUGAUGAUGUUCAAGGCUGAUCCGACCCUUCGUGCAUCGUGGUUGCAAUCUUUCGAUGCCUAUGCAGUUGCCGUCCAGGGCAAUCUGGUCAUCACCAUGCCCAACAUGGACUUUGUUCCUCAGUUCCACCAUUUCGAGGAAGAAAAUGUACAAGCACAUGCCGAUUGGUGUUUCAGUGUCGUCAACUGCUUUCAAUGGCCUCAAGCCUACGACAACAUUUUCUGCAAUUCUGUCUGUAUUCCCUGUAAGGAGUUCUACCCAUUCCCACACCCGCUUCACUGGGCAUGGUUCACCCUGGAGCAAAAGGACUUCAAGGCCAUUCCAGGCAACUCAUUUCCUGUAGGCACACUUGCUUCUAACAAGGUUGAAGGAUUGGAGUUGCUCCUGUCAAUGGCAGACAAGCGUGUCCAGGACUGGAGGGCCAAUCGACAAGGUAAGAAGGACGUCAUCAUCAAUCGUGUUGUGUCUCUUCGACACAGCAUCUCGCGGCUCAAAACACAUCCCCUAACCUUUUGUGAUCUCCUCAUCUUCGUCAUGGACACCCAACACCUAUUCCUUGAAAUUCAAUCCUUUAUGGAUUGGGUUCUCAUCACCCAACCUCGCAUCUCCUCCGGCAUUGGAGCUAACCCUGUCAACUCAGCCUGGAUGGGCGCUUUCACACAUGACAGUGACAUGUGCAACAAGCUCCACAUGGCUGGCAUCCCCAUCUGGUAUGUCCGUAUGAUGGCGUACAUUCCUGCUCAUAUGAAGGUCAUCAAACCCGUCUUGAUCACACAUCCGGAUGACAUCGUCAUCUCGAUGUAUGCAGAGGGCAACAAAAUUCGCCCUUAUGACAUCAUCUAUCGUGGUCAAGGUGGCCACCAGUGUCAACUUCACAUUCGCUGCCUAUAUGGCGGCACAACUUUCAAACAUCCUGAUGGGCCGGUUGCUUCGUCUGCUUCAACAAGCAGUUUCUCUAUGCCCAGUUCUUCUACUCCUGCGCCAUGCUCUCAGCCAUCCGCUGCUGGCAAGGCCCCUCAAAAAAGUAAGAACAAGCAUAAGCGACAACAACCUUAUGCGAGAGAGGCUUGGCCCACCCAACCGUCCCAGUCAGGUGAAUCCAGGGACAAGUGGAAAGACCCCGAAAGCCCAUAUCUUCCACCAUCUAUCUUACAUUGGGAUGAUGCCCUCAAAACUUGCACAAAGGAUCCAUCCUGUGUGCAUAUGCCCUAUGCGAUUGAUCGGGGAUACAGAUUCCCUGAACCCGCUCUUCUCCUCGGUCCCAGGCUACCGGAGCGCCUGCAAGGCUAUAUUGCUACCUGGCUCGCUUGUCGUCCGUUAUGGAUUGGCCGAGUCGAUCAUGACCCACCACACAAUUACCCUUCGCCACAGCUCUGGCGCGACUUUCUCGGCAGCGGGUUGACAGCCCAAUCACAAGGUGCUGCGCCCAAAGGCAAAGAUCCCGAAAAGAAGGGUCUUACGGCGGUGGAGAAGCUCAAAUCUUUAGUACUAACUUCCCUCAGAUUGAUUCCCCUUUGCACUCUCCCAGACUGCGUGCCCGUGGACAGCUCCUCCAACUGA